CUCUCUCUCUCUCUUCUUCUUCCUCCCACAGUUCCCUCAUCUUCUCUCUUCCUUUGCUCAGGACACAUCGUCUCUCUCUCUCUCUCUCUCUUCUCUGUUUCUUCCGAAGAGGGAGAGUAGAAAACAAAACGUUUGUUUGCUCGACGUAUAGCUUCUCUUGUUUGGUUUCUUAUGGUAAUGUGGGUUUGAUCACUUGUCUUAACGUUCUUCUUGUCUCUAUGGAUUCUUCUGUUGAUGGAGCUGCAGGUGACUCAUCUAAAAGCGUUGGAAUGAGUGUUGAAGAGAAGAUACAUCUUGUUUAUGAACUAUCAACGCAACCACUUCUAGCUACUGAAGUGCUGCAAGCAUGGAGCCGCAAAGACAUUCUACAGAUCCUUUGCGCGGAAAUGGGCAAAGAAAGAAAGUACACUGGCUUGACCAAAGUCAAGCUCAUAGAGACUCUUCUAAAAACUAUAUCCAAGAAAAACUCUGGAGAGCAUGAUGGUAACAAGAGAGGAGGUUCUUCUGAUUCUUUGCCUCUUCAGAGAAACUCAAAGAGACCAAGGAAGGUUGAUAACCCUACUCGUUAUGUGGUUCCAACGAUCAACAAUCCCUCAGUGAGCUGCAACAAUGCUAUCCACUACUGCAACAAUCUGGCUUGCAGGGCCAUGUUGAGACAAGAAGACUCCUUUUGCAGAAGGUGUUCCUGCUGCAUUUGUCUCAAGUAUGAUGAUAACAAAGAUCCUAGUCUCUGGUUAACAUGCAGCUCUGACCCUCCCUUUGAAGGUGAUUCUUGCGGAUUCUCUUGUCAUCUCGAAUGUGCUUUCAAGAGUGAAAAGUCUGGUCUUGCAAAAGAUAAAGAAGGUGAAGAGUGCUGCUGCUUCUACUGCGUCUCUUGUGGUAAACCAAACAGCUUGCUUGAGUGUUGGAAGAAGCAACUGACGAUUGCUAAAGAAACAAGAAGGGUAGACGUUCUUUGCUACCGUCUUUUACUAGUCCAGAGACUUGUGAAGGGAUAUACUAAGUUCCCAGACGUUUGCGAGGUUGUGGAUGAAGCUGUGAAGAGUCUUGAAGCUGAUGUGGGUGGUCCUCUCUCUGGUCUCCCUAUGAAAAUGGGUAGAGGUAUUGUCAACAGACUACAAUCUGGACCUGAUGUGCAGAAGCUUUGCUCCUCUGCUCUUGAAUCUCUUCAGCCACUUGAAACUCCACCUCCUGAGGUAUCUGCAGAUACAGCAACCACAGCACCAGCCAAGAUCAGAUUCGAGGACGUUAACGCCACUUCACUCACUGUGAUUCUAGCUUCCAACGAAGUCACCUCGCCUGCAAACAUCGUUCAUUACAGCAUAUGGCAUCGUAAGGUCAGUGACAAAGAGUACCAGGAGAAGUCUACUUGCACAUUGUUUACUCCAAACGCAAGGUUCGUCGUCUCUGGACUAGCUCCAGCGUCUGAGUACUGCUUCAAAGUUGUGUCCUAUAGCGGAACGAGAGAAGUGGGAGUCGAUGAGAUCAAUGUUUUGACUCGUGGCAGCCCUGAAGAAGUGGUCGAGAGAAGCGAGAGCCCUCUCACAAACUGCAGCACCUUGUCUUCUAACCCUUCCUCUGUUGAAGCCGAGUCCAACAACGCUUACAUUGCUCCUCAGAAUCUCUUACAGAACAACAACAAACAAGAAGACUCUAGCGUUGUGGAGGAGACUGAGAAGAACGUUGAAGGGAGUGUGUUGUUGGAUGAGGAAGAAGCUCCAGUCCCGGUUACUACGACCAAUCUUGUCAGUAACCGGAACAGUUCAGAUGCUAGUUUGCCCAUCACUCCCUUCAGGUCAGACCAAACCAAAAACCGUCAAGCGAGAAACGGUAAACCGGUUAAAGAAAACGGUGAUCAUCACUCGGCAAACGGGGGAUCAGAGAGUGGUUUUAAGCACUGCGUGAGUGUCAUAAGACAGCUCGAGUCUUUAGGACACAUCGAGAAAGAGUUCAGACAGAAGUUUCUGACUUGGUACGGUUUAAGAGCGACGCCACAAGAGGUUAGAGUUGUGAAGAUAUUCAUUGAUACGUUUAAUGAUGAUCCUAUGGAUUUAGCUGAGCAGCUCGUUCAUACUUUCAACGACCACGUUUUGGCUAAGCGUUGUUCUGCGGUUGGAGGUGGUGCGUCUGCGGUUGUCAAGUCUGGAUUCUGUAUGAAGUUGUGGCAUUAGAGAGAUAGAGAUGUGCGUCUGCGUUCUUUUUUUUUUGUUUUUUUCUUCCCCUCAAAAUCAUUUUCAAGACUAUUUAUUAUUAUUAUUGGGAAGUUUGCAUUAUUGGAACAUUUCCAUGAAAGGAAAGUACCGUUGGUAUCGAAUAGCUUUUAUUUUGGUUUUGAUUAUUUAUUUUAGUGGAUUAUAAAUCCAAUUAUAA